UCUCAUUUCGCAUUGUAUUUAAUGGCUCCUUAUACUAACACCUCCUUAUACCCUAUGCGAGUGACAUACGCCCAGUGUUCCAAAAGGACGACAGACUGGACUGUGCUAACUUCCGAGCCAUCACAGUCCUGAAUGCUGCCUACAAGAUCCUGUCCCGAAUACUCUUCUGCAGACUUGUGCCCCUCACAAGUCCCUACAGAUUUUGUCGGCAGCUACCAAGCUGGAUUUGUUAGAUGCAAAUAGAUCAUCGGCCAAAUUUUUACUCUACGGAAGAUCCUCCAGAAGAGUCGAGAGCACCAGAUCCCUACGCACCACCUGUUCAUUGACUUUAAGACGGCCUACGAUACCAUAGAUAGGAUCAAACUAUGGAACACCAUGCAGUAGUACGGAUUCUCAGGGGAGCUGGUACUGCUGCUGAAGGCCCCUAUGGACGCGCGCGGGCUUCGACGUCCGGGGCAUGAUUUUUAUCCAUUCUAUGCAAAUUCUUGGUUUUGCGGAUGAUAUCGACAUCAUCGGACGGACAUCGGCGGCCGUGUGGGACGCGUACACCCGACUGAAACGCGAGGCGAUAGAAUUGGAUGGAGGAUCAACGCGACGAAGACAAAGUACCUGCUUGUCGGAGGCUUUGACCGUGAUAGAGCACGAACUAUCAGUUGACUGCGACGAUCUUUAGGUAGUAGGGGAGUUCUGGUACGAUCGUAACUUCGGACAGCAACAUGAACGGAUUCUUAGUUUUCCGUUAGAGUUCAUAUCGUGGUCAAAGUCUUCGGCGAACAGGUACUUUCCUCUGACGCAUUAAUCUAUAGCCGAAUCCUUAAGGACGAACGCGUCAGUUGGGUAUAGAUGACUGGCAUGCAUGUAUGUUCUACUGCCUAACACUUUGAUAGGAUUUAAGCUUCAAAUAAACCCCAAAAAAGUAUUCGCUACAGGUUUUUAAAGGUCAUAUUUUUUCUCAAAGUGGGAAUUAUUAGCCAAACAUUAGACGAAUCAAUUUUUAAUCUACCAUAGAAUAGAACCACCGAAUCGAAAUCGCUCAGGGUCAUGUUUAUUAUUAUACUUCCCACAGGUUCUUUCCAAGGUACUAGCGUAGUACUGAAUGAACUUUACACACGAAUCUGCACACAAGGAAUCUCGGCAAUGUUUUGUUCUCAGACGAUAUCAACAAAACAAAAAAAAAUCAAUCGGUCACAGUAUGUGUUUCAAGAUUUUGAUAACACCUACUCCCAAACACCAUGGGCAUAAGAAUGGAAUUCUGAUUUCCUUUCGACACGAAAUCAGUGGCACAGUGAUCACCAUGGAAGAAGGACGCUCCGAUAGUGUGUACUCUAGCGGCGAAGAGGAUCUGUUCGCCAAGCAGAGUCUGGCGAGGUUGCGAAAUUCAGCCCGCUGGCGUGAACAGGCUCAGUACAUUAGCUUCGAGCCAGCACUGUUGAUCUUCUGCUUUGCCAUGAGUAUAUCAGGUGUCAUGAUUUUUUUUUCUUUUGGGAUCUUGUGGAAUACCGUGAUGUGUAAUUGUGUCCUGUACUUGGCAGAGGUCGUGCUGGCGAAUCAUAUCAUCCUGCAAACUUGCAUCGUGGAGGGGUUCAAUAAGAGCGACUGUCAACUGCUUAAUGUGGAUUCGAAUUCUUCCCAGCGGGCAAUGAUCGAAACGAGGGUGCAACCUAUAGCCGCCAAUGUGACGAUGGUGAUAGUGAUUAUUAAAUCCGUUCUGCCUGCACUGAGUGCCCUGCUGCUCGGUGCAUGGUCUGAUCGAUAUGGUCGAAAGCCUACGAUGCUGAUCGCGAGUGCCGGUGUGUUGUGUUCCUUUCUGCUGCUUACGAUGCUAACCUUCCUAUCGAUGCGGGUCACUGUGACCCCGUGGUAUUACACCGCGGCUUAUCUUCCGUUCUCGCUGCUGGGCGGUAUGACCGUGAUUACAGCCGCCGCCUUCAGCUACCUUUCCGAUGUUACGAACGAACAGACGCGCACUAUGCGCAUGGGCUUCAUGGAGGCAUCCAUGAUGGCCGGUGCACUGUUGGGAUUCCUUUCCAGCAGCUACAUCCUGGAAUGGUUCAACGUGGCUGCUACCUUUUUGAUUGCUACCGUACUGAUCGUACUAGCGAUCGUAUACAUUAUAGUCUGCACUGAGGAUAGUAUCAUAUUAAGCAAUGAUAUCGGCAUCAGGGAGAAAUUACGCGAUCUUUUGUCGUGCGACCGGGUACGGGAACUUUCGGGCAUAUUUUUUAUGCGCCGUUCGGGGUAUGUGAGGGAAAUUUUGUGGGCCAUUGUACUGUUGACCGGUCUUACGGAGCUUGCUGGUGGGAGUGGGGGUGUGUUUUAUAUGUUCACUAGAAGAAAAUUUGGAUGGGAUUUGAAACAAUUUAGCUACUUUCAGUUCACGGAUGUGCUGAUAAUAAUUAUGGGUAACGUUAUUGGAAUUCCGAUACUGAAGCAGCUUCUACACUGUUCGGAUACUACUGUCGCCAUAGUGUCGAUCAUCAGUUACAUUAUCGAUUCGCUGAUCAUGGGAUUUGCAAGUAGCGGAUGGAUGCUGUAUCUUGCUAUAUCGAUUACCGUCCUGAAGGGAACCGAUGGAGCCGCACUUAUGACGAUCUGUUCUACAAUACUUCCCACUGGGGAUAUGGCCAAGUUCUUCACUAUGGCCCUAUCGUUGACUGCCGUCGUGCCGCUGAUAUCGGCCCCAUUGUUUACGUUCGUGUACAACAGCACCAUACAAUCUGCUCCGGAAAUAUUCAACUUUGUUGCUGCCGGGUUCUUUGGCGCCGGAUUGUUGCUAAUGCUUAUUAUAACGAAUCUCAUUCGACGAUUUUAUCAGCCAGAACUGCUGUUGUAGAUAAAACAUGCAAAACAAAAAAUACGAUGAAAAUGAAUAAGCUGUGAAAUUGGUUUUGGAAUAAUGUUUUAAAUUUAAAAAGUUUGGAUAACAAAAAUUAUUAUUUUUUUUUG